AUGGACCAUGACGACAGAGAGAACAUUGGAGAGGACGAGUCGGUGAAAGGAGAGAUAGAGAACAUUGGAGAGGAGGAGUCAGUGGAAGGAGAGACGGAGAGCAUUGGAGAGGAGGUGUCGGUGGAAGGAGAGAUGGAGAGCAUUGGAGAGGAGGUGUCGGUGGAAGGAGAGAUGGAGAGCAUUGGAGAGGAGGUGUCGGUGGAAGGAGAGAUGGAGAGCAUUGGAGAGGAGGUGUCGGUGGAAGGAGAGACGGAGAGGACUGGAGAGGAGGAGUCGGUGGAAGGAGAGACGGAGAGCAUUGGAGAGGAGGAGUCGGUGGAAGGAGAGAUGGAGAGCAUUGGAGAGGAGGUGUCGGUGGAAGGAGAGAUGGAGAGCAUUGGAGAGGAGGUGUCGGUGGAAGGAGAGACGGAGAACAUUGGAGAGGAGGUGUCGGUGGAAGGAGAGAUGGAGAGCAUUGGAGAGGAGGUGUCGGUGGAAGGAGAGACGGAGAGGACUGGAGAGGAGGAGUCGGUGGAAGGAGAGACGGAGAGCAUUGGAGAGGAGGAGUCGGUGGAAGGAGAGAUGGAGAGCAUUGGAGAGGAGGUGUCGGUGGAAGGAGAGAUGGAGAGCAUUGGAGAGGAGGUGUCGGUGGAAGGAGAGACGGAGAACAUUGGAGAGGAGGUGUCGGUGGAAGGAGAGAUGGAGAGCAUUGGAGAGGACGAGUCGGUGAAAGGAGAGAUAGAGAACAUUGGAGAGGAGGUGUCGGUGGAGGAAGAUGAGACCUGGAGAAGAUUCAGAACUGCACAUCAUUAG